AUGGCUCAAUUACCCAUCUCCUCUAUUCUAGGGCCUUUCCGCCGAACUGUCUUGAACCCAAGGAUACUCCAGACCAGAUCAUCCUCAACGCUCCAAGGCCAUCCUCACAUUUACAUAUUCGCCAACCAACUCUCUCCGAACACCCACACCCUCUCCCUCCUACCUGCCAACCCCCCAACCCCAGAGCUUGCCAUCGGCACGACCUCCCAGCUCCCGCCCACCCCAAGUUCAUUCGUCGAAAACCCACGUUUUCUUAACAUCCUGCAAUCCGUCGUCUCUGAACAUGCGCACGAAGACCCGGACGUCAAAUCGCAAGCGCAAGUCAUGGCCUCUACGGCGGGCGCAAAUUUAGGAUCCGGCGGGGUGUUUUUCUCUCCGCAGCCCCGACGCAAGAGGCCAGCGUACGGCAGCGGGGGUGGGACGGGAGGCGAUUCCAGCGGCGGAGCGAGCGGCCAGGGCGGAGUCGGGUCCGGUGGCCGCGGCGGAUGGAUUCAUGUGUCGGAUAGUAGAAAUCCGCCGGAAUACGGACGAAUUGCUUGGCCGGAAGAUAUAUUCGGAAGUUUGGAGGUAGACGGGAAUGGAAAUAUUGAAGGGAAUGGGAAUUAUCAACCUAGUGGAACGUACCGAAUUGUAACGAGAAAUGGAAUACUCGGAUUAAGCCCGUUCUUGAGGGAGAAGCUUGUCCAGCGGCUGCGGGCCGAAGAACAAAGCCUCCGCCGGUAA